AUGCCUCCCAUCUCCCUCCCUCCGACCCCACGACUCGUCAUAUACUAUCAGACUCUGCACAAUCCAGAUGGCACUCCCUGCUCCAUUCUUCCCAUCAUAACCCAACCUGGCAUUGCCGUUAGUCAUGUCAACCUCGCAGCAAUCCACCUCAACGACCCUCCUGGGAACAUAACCCUUAACGACCAUGUCCCCUCACAUCCCCGCUACCACACGCUCUGGGCCGAGCUCCGCGUCCUCCAAGCCUCCGGCAUCAAGGUCAUAGGCAUGCUCGGCGGCGCCGCCAAGGGCUCUUUCACACGACUCGAUCUCGACGAUUCGACAUUCGAAGAAUACUAUAUCCCUCUGCGCGACAUGAUACGGGAGCGCGGGCUCGAUGGCUUGGAUUUGGAUGUCGAGGAACCCAUGACGCUCGCUGGGGUGAUCCGUCUCAUCGAUCGAUUGAAGAGCGAUUUCGGGAGCGCCUUCAUCAUCACUUUAGCACCUGUUGCUGCGGCCCUGAUGUCUGAUAAUCCGAAGCAUAAUCUCAGCGGAUUCAGCUAUGAGGCGUUGGAGGUCAUGCGAGGGUCGCAGAUCGCGUGGUAUAACACCCAGUUUUACUGUGGCUGGGGAGACGUGAGCAAGCCGGACGGAUAUGAUUAUAUGAUUGCUCGUGGCUGGCCGGCGCAGAAGAUCGUCGUCGGAAUGGUUACAAAUCCGGGGAACGGGAGUGGAUGGGUGCCGUUUGAGAUUGUACAGGAGGUCCUGCUUACGUUGAAGGCCAGGCAUCCGGGGUUUGGCGGCGUAAUGGGCUGGGAAUAUUUUAAUAGUCUGCCUGGAGACAGGGAAAGACCUUGGGAAUGGGCGGCAUUCAUGACGAGGAUCGUUAGAGGGCGGUUACCUGCUGCGACAGAGGCCCCAGUGGCUACAAGCAACGGUGCUGCAGAAGAGAAGCCGAACCCGUUCCUGCUUGCUGAUGGAGAUGCAAAGGCCAAGAGUGAGGCUCCCUUACCCGCCGAGUUUGAUUAUUACACCGACGGCAGUCUCGAGGAAUGA